AUGGUGGCCGGUGGUAGUAGAAGGUGGCAGCCACCACCUCAUGGUGGUGGCGGUGGUUGUUCUAGUCACCCUCCUGGUGGCUAUUGGCGGCGACAGAAUUACAAAGCGCCGACAGCAGUGGCGGCCAAGGGCCACUUCCGACGACAACAACAGCCUGAACGACGUCGAACACUAGAGAAGAAUGGAGCCCACACACGGUCUCGGUGGGGGUGUUUCCUAGCCACUCACGUCAUUACGACAUCAUCAGGCAGCGGAGAGACCUUCCUCGUCGACGCGGCAGCAAGUAGAGCAGCAGCGUUGCAGCGGCGCUCACAACGGCAAUUGAAGAAGGAGAAGAAGAAUGAGAACGAUGGAGGCUUUGGUGUUCGCUGUAGCGUUUGGAUGGUGAGGCAGCGGCAACAGGAGGCUAGACUCGCCGGAUCGGAACACGAAUGA